GCAGUUGGCUCCGGGGCUGCGGGCAGCGGCCGUGCCAACUCAGUCGUCACCCUGCUGGCGUGCUGUUCGGACCGCGCUGGUGAACAGGGCACGCCGGGGCCCCGGCGCACCGUCCCGAUAUGGCACAGAACAAUGCAGCACCUGCGGCUAAGCAGGUCCUGUCCGCCCUCGAAGAGGGAGGAUUCAGACUGCACUCUGAAAACCUCAAGAGUAUCUUGUUAGCCGAGAGCGUCGUCAACAAGCCCGUGGUGGUCAUCUCGGUGGCGGGCGCGUUCCGCAAGGGCAAGUCGUUCCUGCUGGACAUGAUGUUGCGCUACCUGACGGCGCGCGACAAGUCCAGCUGGCUCUCCGAACCGAGGCGGCGCGGCUUCCCGUGGCGGAGCGGCCGCCGCCGGCACACCACCGGCCUGCUGAUGUGGUCCCAGCCGGUCCCGGUGACCCUACCAGACGGCACAGAGGCGGUCAUCCUCCUCAUGGACACUCAGGGCACCUUCGACAACCAGUCCACCAUGCACGAGUCGUCCACCGUGUUCGCGCUCAGUACCCUCCUGAGCUCCGUACAGAUCUUCAACCUGAUGGGGAACCUGCAGAACGACAACCUGGAGCACCUGCAGCUGUUCACCGAGUACGGUCGCCUGGCGCUGCAGGACGCCAGCAGCACUCCCUUCCAGAAGCUGCUCUUUCUCAUCAGAGACUGGCAGUUCGCGCAUGAGCUGCCGCUGGGCGCCAAGGGGGGCGACGAACUGGUCCAGGAAUGGCUGGACUGUCAGUCUGGGAAACCCGAGCUCGUGUCAGUUUGUGAGCACAUCAGGAAGUGUUUCAGCGAGAUCGGCGGGUUUCUGUUGCCGCACCCGGGGCCGAAGGUGGCUGGUAGUGCCGAGUUCGACGGCAGCAGCGCCGACAUGGACUCACUUUUCGUCACCAUGCUGAAUGAGCUGAUGCCGAACAUCCUGGCGCCAAAGAACCUGACCGUGAAAAUGGUUGCUGGCAAUCCCCUAACGGGAGGCGACAUGUUCAGGUUUUUCACCACCUACACAAAACUGUUUCAGAGCGAUGCACUGCCCAAGCCUAAAAACAUCCUGCAAGCGACCGCUGAGACAAACAACAUGGCUGCAGCUGAAGAAGCCAAGUCCCUAUACGCUCGUGAAAUGGAGUCCAUCAUCCGCAGCAGCCGGACCUCACUAUCACGGGAGAUCUUUCUGCGAAAGCAUCGAGAAACAUCUCAAAAGGCUGAAAAAGCCUUCUGUGGUCGCAAGAAGAUGGGAGACUGGGCAAUGUCUGAACGGUAUCGACUGGAGCUGAUGCGCGACAUUGGGGAGCGUUUUAAACGUUUUGAUGAAGCAAACAACGUGAAACGAGGCAAAGAGAGGCUGGAGGCCGAAUCCUGCAAUGCCAAACUGGUGAUCACAUGCACGACGCUGUACGUCAGCGAGAUGAGGUCGGUCUCAGACGACCACUCUGACUUUGUGCCGCAGGAGAUCCUAAACAGCGCCCAUGUGAGGAUCAAACGGAAGGCACUUGGCCACUUCAACACCAGUCAUACACCAUUUGACGGCGUUGAGAAGGCAAGCCGAGAAAAGCUAUCCUCAGACAUGGAAACUCAGUUUCGUAAGAUAGUGAUUCACAACGACGUGAAGAAAGACGCUACGCACCGCAGGAUCGAGAGCCAGAACAUGCGGGCUGUGGAGGGCGCCAAGAGCUGCUACCACUCGAUGAUGACUGAGAAGACGUCCAAGGGUGCACUGAGCCCUGAGGGGCUGCAGAUGCUCCACGAGAUCGCACUGCAUACCGCCGAGGGAAUAUUUGAGUCGCUCGAGGCAGGCGACGAGUGCUCAGCGGCCCACCACCUGGAGAGCCUUCGAGACGACAUCAACAGCGACCUGGAGUCGUACGUUCGUGACAAUCAGCGGAAGGGGGAGAAAGAACAGCUCGAGAAGGAGUUGCGAUUGAAAACUGAGCAGAGAGUGAGAGCGAUAACGGUGCAAGUGACCCGGCCUCCACCUGCAGACGAGUGCAUCUUGCUGUAGGUGAUGUAGGUAUUAAAUAACUGGCAUGCACGAGCAUUUGUUCAUAAACUAAUGGAAUUACCUACCGUUGGACUACUGGUAAAUGUGACUCUAACAUAGCUUAACUUUGUGAUUCUGUGCAUACUUUUACUGCCCGUCUGAUAAAGGCGCUGGGGGGAGGGGGAGGGGGCGAUGAAACCUUCAUGCAGUGUGAUGUUCGAACGGUUUGUAUCAUUUUAUGAAUAUAUUGUACAUAAUGAUCCGUA